AUGGUCACCCAACUACCAUAUGCCCUCGACGCAGAAACUCCGCUGAACCCCUCGGAGCUGCAAGUCCUGCGGGCGCAGUACGAAAAGGAAGGCGACAUGGUCGGCGUCCAAACCAAGUUCAACUACGCCUGGGGCCUCGUCAAGUCCAACAAUCGCAACGAUCAACAACUCGGUGUCCGCCUCCUGUCUGAUAUAUUCCGCCUCUCUCCCGAACGGCGCCGCGAAUGCCUCUACUAUCUCGCUCUGGGAAACUAUAAACUCGGCAACUAUGGCGAGGCUCGCCGCUACAAUGAUCUUCUGCUCGACAAGGAACCAGCCAAUCUGCAGGCCUCUGAUCUGCAGCAGCUCAUCGACAGCAAGGUCGCCAAGGAAGGUCUGAUGGGCGUGGCGAUCCUCAGUGGCGUUAGUAUUGCUGUUGGCGUUGUUGGUGCUUUCUUGCUCAACAAUGCUAGGAAAAGAUAG